AGGUUCGGGCAGGGUCGACUCGUGACGCUGUGUGUUAGGGGAGUAUCCUGAGCUCCCAGCUCUCAGUCACCCACACAGGAGCUAUAGUGCUCACCAGUGCUCACACACACACACUCACAGUGGGGAAGACAACAGCAAGAUAUCAGAGGUAACCCAAAAAAAAAAGAGGGGAAAAGAAGUGUGUGAGAGGUAAGAGUGCAACAGAGGACACAAGAGGCGAAAGAGAAACAAGACCGAAAGAGAAAAGAUGACAAUCGGCAAGAACUCCAGGAAAAGCUCAACCAGGAGCUCCAUUCGCGCCCCGAAGUUUCUUGACAAAUCCGGCGGCUUCUACGGUCGCCUUGAUGAGCCUGAGACCACUGUAGAAGGGGAGGAGGUGAGGGGAAGUGAAGCAGAGGAGAGGGGGAAUGGGGUGGAAGACAGCAGCAGAGAAGGGAAAUCCAUGAGUACCCCGGCCCCAAGUGUGGUGCACAACUCUGGGGCAGAUGAGAGGGAAGAGGCUGAAGCAUUUGACUUCGAUGAAGGCAUGGUGGAGGACGAUGGUGAGACUCUACUGCACAGGAAACCCAGCCGCCUCAGCAGCAGGUGGAGGAGAAGCUCCAGGAGGAAGCAGAAGGAAGGGAGAACCGACGAGGACGUGGCCCAAGACGAGAGGCCCGGCCUGGCCACGGAGAGCCCGGCUGACCCCCACGUCCUGGAGGGCACCAGGGUGAUGAUUGAGGUGGAGAUGGAGAAGCUGAAGAAGACGGAGGAAGAAAAUGAGAAUGCAGGAAGAGGGAAGGAGCCCACAAUCGUCCACUUCCCGGCACGGGAUGACGAGGACGACCAGGUCCUCAUCAGAGACAAGAAGAGGGGGAGAGAGGAGGAGGGAGAUGAAGAGAGGAGGAUGAAGAAAGAGCAAGAAGAGGGGAUGAAGGUGGUGAAGAGGACCACGAUGAGGAAUUAUCGAAAGGCCUUGGACCGGGCUUUUCGCCGUGGCUGGGAGGCUUUCAUCACCAACCUGUACAGCGUCACACUCACACCUGUGACGUCAUCCUCGCCACCUUCGCCUUCAUUAAAGAAAAGGCAGCACAACUCCGUGUUGGCUGAAUUCCAGUAGUUCUGGAGCCUGACAUGGACGAUUAACAAUUUCUAUCAUGAUUACACUGAAUAUGUGAUGGACAACCUUGUUUUUUAUGACUGUGCCAUCAGACGGGACUUUAAUAGCCACAAGAUGUGUUUGAGUCCUGCAUUAGGCCUCAGAAAUAUUUAAUUAUUUAUGGUAGUUACUGAGUCUUAAUUACUCAACAUAAAGUUAACUGCCUUUUCAUCGGAUGGGGGUAAUUACUUUGCACACAAACUGCGUAUGUACGGUUUUACUGUAGGAGCUGAAGGAGCCAGAUGGUUGAUUUUACAUUGAAGUCUGUGGGACUGGUUUGAAUUUUAAAGUCUUUAUGUGACUGAGUUCAGCUGUGUCUGGUUCCCUUGUUCUACGUUGCUGAUUUCUGAUUUUGCUCCGAAUGUCUUAACGUCUUUGAUCCAGUCCACUACUAAGAACUUGGAGUACAAAUAAUCUCUGCUUCCUUUGUUUUAGCACUAUGAAACUAGAGAAAUGUUGAUGUGUAAGCAAAGGGAAUGGAAACGUUCUAGAGUAGCGGUGACUGAUCAGUGGACUUAAGUUCACAUUUCUAAUCAGCUCCAUUUAUUGCUGUCAGGCAGCUAAUCAAUCAUCAGAAAGGAGAACAAACAUACAAAUGCUGCCAGCCAGCACCAAUUUGUUUGUGAAUAUUUGUGUGGAAAUUGAAGCUUUUCAUCAACUCUAACCCAUUUUAACACAGGUUUUCCUCCAUUUAUAUAUAUAUAUGUGUGUUAGAAAUUCACAAGCAAUGUCAGGUUGACAGUGUUUGACUUCCUCGUGAGGUAAAGUUUAUCCCAGUGUGUGUUCUGGUGAGGGUUAUUUAACCUGAUGGAACAAGACAGAAGAGUGUUUGCAUGGGUGUGUUUGAGGGAGAAAGAGAAAGAUAACUUAGCCGGGGUAUGAGCCUUUACUGAACACAGCAACAGCAUCCACUGCCUUUUGAUUGUUUGUUUGAAGCUGUGCACCAUGUUUUUCUCUUUUAAAAAAGUGCCCUGAUUUGAAAACCACCCCAACCUACAUGUCAAACAGUAUUUAAGAAGAUUUAAUGACUGACCCUUAAUGUAAAAACAAUCAUGUUUACAAUAGACCUGCUUUAAUUUCCUGCUAACUACUAUGUAUUUGUUUUUUUAAUAUUGCCUCAAGUGUACUUAGUCUUCCCUGAAAAAUAAACAGAAAAGGUCACAGGAGAUAAUUUAUCAUAUUUUAAUGACUGUUCUAAAAAAAUGUGUUAAUUUUUAUAUAAUAUAUUUUAUUUUGUAUCCUAAUCAAAUAAAGACUGAAUUUAUUCUA